AUGGAUACGCCAAGGGCUGCUGUGAAGUUGAGCGAUAUUUCGGCGAAGUUUACCGAGGAAACGCUCGACGAGAUCGUGCGCAGUGCGGGUGGUAAGCGUUGCAUCAGCUGGAAGAUUCCGGAAACUAACUUCACCAAGGGAGACGCUUAUCUGAGCGAACUGUACCGCAUCCAGCUAACCGGCGAACCGAACGAACCGGACCAGGAACCGAUGGUGGUGAAUGUGGUAGUGAAGACGAUCCCGAAGAACGUUGGGCGUCGCAAUACGUUCCGGUCGGCGGAUUUCUUUCGCAACGAGGUUAACUUCUACAAUGUCGUGCUGAAGGAGUUGUACCGCUUUCAGGAUGCGCGCAAACCGAAGAAUCCGUUCAAGGACGUCGAUAGGUGUUUUGUGGCGUACUCGGACGGUGUGAAUGAUUUCGUAGCAAUGGACGACCUUGGUCAGUACGGGUACAAGACGGCUUCCAGAGCCAAAGGUGUCGGACUGGAGGAGUGUCAGCGUUGCAUGCGUUCUCUCGGCCGCUUCCAUGCCCUGUCGCUUGCGAUGAAGGAACAGGAGCCGGACCGCUUUCACGAGAUCGCACAUGAGUUCGUCGAGGAAACGUACUAUGAUGCACGGCUAAAGUCGUGGUACAACAACUUCCUGCAGGUGCAGCUCGAUAUCGCGCGCGAUGCAAUGGCUCGCGAAUAUCCGGGCACGGAGCUGGAGCGCAAGAUGGCGAAAUUUUUCGACUGCGAUAUGUACGACCAUAUGGUUUAUCUGACGCACGCACGCAACCAGAACUCGGUCAUCAAUCAUGGCGAUUGCUGGAUGCCGAACUUCAUGUUUCACGACAGUUCGCCGGCGAUGCGUAUGAUCGAUUUUCAGCUGGCCCGCUACAGUUCGCCCGUGCUGGACAUUUCCUUCUUUGUGUACUCCUGCACGAGCCAAGCGUUGCGUGAGGCACACUAUCAGGAUUUGCUGGAUGCUUACUAUGGGGGGUUGGCGGAGAUGUUGCGCGAUCUCGGCUCAGAUCCGGAUGUCGUAUUCCCGUACACGGAGCUAGAGAAGGAGCUUAAACAGUAUGCCCGGUUCGGGUGCGGUAUGGGCAUCGAGUCGAUACCGUUCUCGCUUCUGGACGAGUCGGAGGUGCCAGAUCUGGAUAAGAUCACGGGCGACGCAUCGAUUCCGAUCGAAACGAUCUGGAUCUUGCGCCCGAUCGCGACCCAAGCUGGAAGGCUUCGCCUAACUGAUAUGUUCCGUCACGCCACCGACAUGGGCUAUUUGGAGUGA